AUGCUGAAAAAUGCUGCUCAAACAAUGUUAUUGUUAUUUUCUGCCACUUUUCUUAUCACAGCCGCUGACAAAUCGAUAGCAGUAAAAGGAGUACUGAAGUGUGGAGAUUUUCCAGCUAUUAAGAUUUUGAUACGACUGUUUAGUCUUGAUCCAUAUGGCAUCGACUUCAUCGAACAAACUCAUUCUGAUGAUAACGGCACUUUCAAUAUCAGCGGAAAGAGCGAACUGCUUACACAGUGGAGACCAUUGCUCAGUGUACAUCAUGAUUGUGAUGAUGUGAAAAAGCCUGGACGACGAAAGAUAAAUUUUCUUCUUCCAAACCAUUACCUCACGGAUGGAGCAAAGGCGAAGACUGUUUACGAUCUUGGUGUAUGGAAUUUGGAGACAGUCAUGAUGCAUGACGAAGAACGAGUGGAGAAAAUAACAAGAAGAAGACGAAGAAGAACUGGGGAAAUACAAAUAGCCGAGAAUCGUGUCCGUAAUACCACUGCAAGUGCACUUGAUCGAUAUGAAGAACCAGACGAAAGGGUUGACCCAUGGUGA